AAUUCCAUUUGCUUAUCGCGAUAUGUCACCAAGGAUUUACAUUCAUAAUAAAGCACCGAACAAUCUCCAAUAAAGAAUUGGCAAUUAUGCACAUCAUUUAUUACUUCAAUAUCAAUACAAAUGGGUGAAGAAAAUUUUCCUGAAGUCGAGGGUGGCGGUUCAUUGAUACUGGCAUGGCAAAUCAAGAAUAAAAGAGUAUUAGUAGUUGGAGGCGGAGAGGUGAAAGAGUCUUUCCAAUAUCAAUCAUUCUUCAGUACUAAUAGUUCUUUUUUCAAAGGUCGCAGCAGGUCGGAUUUUGAACGUGUUGAAUGCGGAUGCAAAGGUUACCGUCGUAUCACCUCGAGCAGGCCUAAACCCAGAAGUUGCAUAUCGAGUAGAAAAGGGGCAAGUAGAUUUUGUGGAUAGGAAGUUCCAACCUUCCGACCUCGAUAAUGUCGACAUGGUUUUGACUGCUGUUGAUGACCCGGAAGCAUCUUCACAGAUCUGGAAGUUAUGCAAAGAAAGGAAAAUAGCAGCGAAUAUCGCAGAUGUGCCACCCGAGUGUGACUUCUAUUUUGGAAGUGUUCAUCGAGAUGGACCUCUACAAAUCAUGGUUAGCACGAAUGGGAAAGGUCCACGAUUUGCCAAUAUUGUAAGGAGGCAAAUAGCUUCAAAUUUGCCAAACAAUAUUGGUGAAGGGAUAGAAAAAAUUGGAAAGUUAAGGCAAAUGCUCAGGAAGGUCGCACCAGGACCGGAAGAAGGGCCAAAGAGGAUGUCAUGGUAAGCACUUUUGGAGAUCGACAUUGACUUUAUACUUAUAUCAAGUAGGAUGAUCAGAGUCAGUGACGCUUACAGUCUUGAGGACCUACAUGAAAUGAACGAAGAAGAUAUGGAAAUACUACUUAGAUUUUACGCUCCCAAUCAAGUUCCACGAUUCCAAUGUUUACAGAAAAUGAAAGAUAAGUCGUGGGACGUGGGUUGUCUACGGCCACUAGAAGACGAGGAAGCGGCUUUCGAUGGCUCCUGGGGAUUUUCUGUAGGAUGGGCUUGAUAGACGGGUCGACUGUGUAACAACGUCAAAUUAUUGCCAUUUUUAGUUCUUUUUGGAGACAUCCGAGGCGAGGAGCUCCUGGUAGGCACUUCUCGGAGCUUCCUUGGAAAUGAUGUACGUUUCCGAUUGAUUGUUUCAAACGAAACAGCUGGCCAUGACACUAAAAGGUUAAUUAUUUUAAGACAGAAGUUCUGGAAUUCUACUCCAUCACCUCACCCAUUCUCAUUUUUGCCUUUCCCUUGGCUGCGAUGCUUCAAUGGAGUCUGUCCAACACUCGGCCAUAAGCAACUUCGUCCGGCCAAGCUCUGAUUGUGUAUGUGCAUUUCUGAUUCUCUUUGCCCGAGUUAUGUCACAAGCCCAAAUGUGUCUACAACUGCCGUCUGAUUUUUGGUUAUGCAUAAUAUUACUCGAGCUGCUACGUUUUUCAUCUCAUUAUUUGUCCUCUCUCCCCCUUUUUUGG